UUGGGGGGAGGGGAAGGAAGACUGAGAGAAGUAAGUUACUGAUUUUGCAUCAUGCAAGUUAUGCUUUGCACAGCAGCUUAUGUGCUCAUUUUGUCUGAAACUCCAGUAAUUUUGUUUGUGCUUGUUUCUGUCGACCUUGGAUUAAAAGGAUUUGUUGUACAGCAACAAACCCACCCGAGCUUGAUAUAAACAGGAAGUUCCUAUCAAGGAGUAUGCAGUGAACUGCCUGCUGUCUGAUAUGGAUAAAAGUUUGCAGAGACCAAAACGGCUGAAACUAGGGAACAAAACACUGGAAAAAGACUGCAGAGAGAAAGAAGAGAUGCAGAAUGUGUGUGCUACAAAUGGGGGAACAGAGCAGUGCUGUGGGGAGCACAGACGGAGUUUGGAGUUGUUCUGCCAGGAGGAUGAGACGUUUAUUUGUGUCCUGUGUGUUCCCAGGCAUUCAUGUCACAGUUUUGUGUUCCUGCAUGAUGCAGUCAGUGUGUAUAAGGACAAAGUUAAAAGAGCCUUGUCAUCCAUCAGAUCCAAAGUUGGUGCCUUAAAAAAUAUACGAAACAAGAGUGAGAAGGAACUCAAAGUCACGCAUGAAGAUGCUUAUAGUUUGCAACAAUACAUUAAUCAAGAGUUUGCAAAACUGCAUCAAUUUCUCCAUGAAAAGGAGCAGAAACUCAUUCAGCAAGUUAAGACGGAAGAAGAAAAAACUCUGAAUGAAAUAGAAAAAAACCUUGACUGCAUGAAACGUGAUGUUAUAUCCACCAACAUUACAGUGGUUGAUGCCAACAUAGAGCACAAGAAGCUAGUCGUAGAGACUCGAAAUGAAAAGGAAGAAAAUUUAUGCAUUAAAAAUGAUGUCAUGGCCUUUCAGGAAACAGUACCUCCUAACUCAGAAGUUGAAAAAGUAAGUAUGUUUUCAUUUUUGUUUUUGUUAGAAAGUGGAAUUUGUGCUUUGCAGCUGAUGUGUCGAAAUGUGUAG